UCCUUUUGUUCGUUUUGUUCGGUGACUCUCUGUCGAUGAUCGUCUUCAACCCCAAACAAGUGUCAGAUUCUUCGUCGCUUUUGAUCAUAUCUUCUCUCUCUCUCUCUCGCCAUUGUCAGAAGGUUUACUGUGAUCGGAAUCGAAUCUUCUGAAUCAUGAAUUAUCUUCGUGGAGCUUUCAAGCCGGCAUGUAACAUUUCAAUCACAUUCACUGAUGGGAAGAAUCGUAAACAGGUUCCGGUUAAGAAAGAUAAUGGACAAAUGGUUAUGAACCCACUUUUUCAGAGUCAAGAAACUAUUGCUGGCAAGGUUUGUAUUGAACCGUAUCAAGGGAAGAAAGUGGAGCACAAUGGUGUUAAAGUUGAGCUUCUUGGUCAAAUAGAAAUGUACUUUGACAGAGGAAACUUCUAUGACUUUACUUCCCUAGUUCGGGAGCUUGAUGUACCUGGAGAAAUAUAUGAAAAGAAGACAUACCCUUUUGAAUUUUCGACCGUUGAGAUGCCAUAUGAGACAUACAAUGGCGUGAAUGUACGGCUAAGGUAUGUCCUGAAAGUAACAGUUACACGUGGUUAUGCUGGAAGCAUCGUGGAGUAUCAGGACUUUGUGGUGCGCAACUAUUCUCCACUACCUCCAAUCAACAACAGCAUCAAGAUGGAAGUUGGAAUCGAGGACUGCCUGCAUAUCGAGUUUGAGUACAAUAAAAGCAAGUAUCACCUGAAAGAUGUUAUCCUCGGGAAAGUAUACUUUCUUCUGGUGAGAAUCAAGAUAAAGAAUAUGGAUCUUGAGAUCAGACGGAGAGAAUCAACCGGAGCAGGAGCUAAUACUCACGUCGAGACAGAAACAUUGGCCAAAUUUGAGUUGAUGGAUGGUGCUCCCGUUAGAGGCGAAUCGAUACCUGUAAGACUGUUCUUGACACCAUACGAUCUGACGCCAACGCAUAAGAACAUAAACAACAAAUUCAGUGUUAAGUAUUAUCUGAAUCUUGUCCUGGUUGACGAAGAGGAUCGCCGUUACUUCAAGCAACAAGAAAUCACGUUGUACAGGCUCAAGGAGGAGACUUCUUGAUGUUUACAAAGAAAGAAAGAAAGAUACAAAUGAGAAUUUUUCAGAAAAUUUGUAAAGCCUUUUUUCUUAAGACUUUUUUUCUGUAUGGAAUUGGUUGGGGACUUGGUGGAGUCAUGAAGCUUUUAAGUCAUGUAAGUUUGUUCAUUUGACCCCUAAUGUUGUUUGGAUUCAUGUAAGAAAACUAGCAACUCUUUUUUUCAA